AUGUCGCUAGUACAUCCAGAUACAUCUAAUUAUCCUUUUCGGUUUGCACCGUUUCUUCGGCAGGAAUAUUCCUUCUCUCUUGAUCCCGACAGACCAGUAUGCCAAUACUACAACUCCAAGGAAGGCGCUUCCUCAUGUCCCAACGGCACGCUGUGCCCCAACAAACACGUCCUGCCCAUAUUUCAGAACAAAAUCGUCUGCAAGCACUGGCUGCGUGGACUGUGUAAGAAGAACGAUCAAUGCGAGUACCUACAUGAAUACAACUUACGCAAGAUGCCCGAGUGUGUGUUCUUCACGAAAAACGGUUACUGCACACAGAGCCCUGAGUGCCAAUACCUGCAUAUAGACCCCACGUCCAAGGUUCAACAGUGCGAGGACUACCGCAUGGGCUUCUGUCCAUUGGGAACCGCCUGUCCGUGCAAGCACGUUAAGAAGAUCAUCUGCCCGAAAUACGUGACGGGCUUCUGCCCGCUGGGCCGCGACUGCGACUGGGAACAUCCGCCGUUCUACGUACCCAAUGAGCUCAGCAAGAUCCGCAUUAAGCGCGACGACGAAAUCAAUACCAAGAAGCUCGACGAGGAGAAGGAGCGGCGCCUCAACGCCAUCAUCAACGGGGAGCUAGUCAUAUAA